UGUGUGUGUGUGUGUGUCAUGGCUGACUAGGUUGUAUCAUUAUGAGGCUUCUCUGCCUCACAAGUAAAGUGAUACCUCUAGUCACCAUAGUGACACAGGUACUGAUCACUGGUGUAGGGAAGAGUUACCCUGUGAACGCAGCCGCUGCUGUCUGAUGCUCACCUGGAUCUUCUUUAGUCUUUCUCUCUGUUCUUUUCUCGCUACAGUGUUUGGGGUGUUAGAGCCCUACUCUCAGCCAGUGGACACGGCGUGGUAAAAUAUUAAUGCAGUAACCUCACUCUCUCUCUCUCUCUCUCUUGCUCUCCCUCUCUCCUUCUCCCUUUUUUCUAAUGUCACACACACUUUGGGGGUCCCUGCACCCUCUUCACAACACGAACCACGGAAGUCCCAAGUGAGCUGGCGCUGGCUACUCCAGCAGGGGGCCGAUUUGGUGGAGAUUCAGAUGGCCCCCCAGUUUACCGGCAGCUGUGGUUUAUAGUGGUAAUGGCUGGUGUGUCUCUGGUGCUGCUAGCUGUUUUUCUGGCUGUUGUUCUGCACAAGGCCCUCAACCGGCCUCCAUUCACCAGAGAGAGACCCCCGAUCGUCCCCCUACACCUACAGCACAGGAGUCCAAGUGCAGUCUACCCCCCCAGCAAUUCCUACCUUUUUGAUACAGUACCCGACACAACCAGCUCUCCCAACAGCGUUAUGCUGAAAAGCUUCACUAUGCACCUGGAGGAAGUGGUGGACUCUAAGGUCCUUGAGGAUGGUGUUUUACCCGAAGGUGAGAUGGGGGUCGUUACUGUGUCAACGGUCCACAUGUCCACUCAUGGCCUUACCCAGAAUCCCCUGCGACGGAGUGUGAGCCAGUUGAUUGACAGGAAGGGGAGGGAAGACGAUGAGGUGUGGGACCCCCACUUCAGAGCUCAUGACAGUGGCAUGUUUGAUGAGGAGUUUGUGGACACAGUUAAAGGCUUCAGCACUGUGAGGAAAGAACACACCAUGUUCACUGACACCAACCUGUGACCUGCUCUACAUGGAACCUCGGACCUCCUAUAGCCGGUGGCCCUUUCAGGGUGGGAUGAAGGUGGUCAGUAGGUGAAAUGAGAGGUAAAGAAAGAGUGCAUGGAUAAGAAAAACAGAGACAGAUCCAGGAAACUAAGGCAGAGGGAUCAGAAACACCUGCAGGACGUUGGUGGCCUCCUGUGGAUGCAGAGGGACUAACAACAUGUUUUUUGAAAGACUAGAAAGAAGAAUAGAAUAGAAGAGGAGUGACCUCAUUUAGGGGUCUUUGUAAAGCACUGAACGUCCAAGUUUACCAAAAAGGUCCUAAAACCACCAGUGUUAGGCUGGGGCAGGGUCCAAGCUAGCUGAGUUACACAGGAUAUGAUCCAUUACAGCCAGAGAACAGAGGAUAUUUACUAAAAUAGUAAAUAUUUUAAUGUUGAUUCUGUUAAGUAUAUAUCUCAUUAACUUAAUUGGUAUUCUGUAUUAUAAUGUAUGUAAUUGUUUGUACCUGCAGUAAACACUGACCUUUCUAUUACCAACCAACAAUAAAUGUUUUUUUUUUUUUUUUUUUU